GUCAGGAAAAGGCUCGAGCUGACUGGCAGAACACCCCCUUGACAAGUCCUGCUUGAAGAAUAGUCAGUCACUACUGUAGACGAAGAGCGUGUGUGCUUGAUAGAGAGGGCAAGGGCAUUGAUGGAAUAAGUGAGUGUGAUUGUUGGUACAAGGUUUAUAGUAUCCUUGAUGUUUAUACUAGUAAUUGUACUGUGUUUUUGCUUUAAGUAGGCAUUGCAUGUGUGUGAAUGUAUGCACUUGUGUGUAUCGAUCUGCCACAGUGUAAAACUUUAUUGUGUGUUAAAAUUAUAUGGUUAAUUGUUUGUGAAUGAAUGUGUAUGAACAUAUAGAGAGGGGCAGACAAUAACGUUUCCUGUAGGUGUGUGUGAUUGAAUGUAACAAGAUAAUUUCAGCUAGGGGCAGUGCACAUUUCUGUUGAAGUACCACAGUCCUACAGUACAAGAUGCUUCAGCUGUGCAAGGUCACCAAAGCCCUGUUCAUAAGCAACGCACGCUCAGCCUGCAGUGACGACCUCAUCCAGCAGGAGGCGGUGACACUGUGUAUCAACGUCACCCGCCAGCAGCCCUUUCCGGCAUCUCAUGUGGCCUUGCUACGCAUCCCUGUAUAUGACGACCCUAACGAAGACCUGUACAGCUACUUUGAUGCCUGCGCAGACCGCAUCGCAGAUGAGGCAGCGAGGGGAGGGCACAGUGUCGUCUACUGCAAGAACGGACGCAGCCGCUCUGCCACCAUUUGUUUAGCAUACCUCAUGAAGCACAGGCAGCUCUCAUUGGCUGAUGCCUUUACGAAAGUGAAGACCUCUCGCUCAGUAGUAGAGCCCAACCCAGGGUUCUGGGCCCAGCUGGAAAGGUAUGAGCAUGAGCUGAAAAAGAGACGUGGGGAGGCAGGCAAAAUGCCAGCCUGAAGGAUCCUCUACCUCUCAACACUGUUGAAACCAGAAUGCACCUUUAAACCAUCCAGAACCUGGGAAAUAUAGGUGGAGUAAAUGCUAAGCCUCAGUGGUAACCUGCACCCUGUAGUAUCUCGCAUCUUAUACCGCUAUGCCUUCAAUCAAAAAACAUUAACAACACAGAAUAUAUGUUUCAUUUAAAUAUCUGUACAUCAGCCCUCCAUUGUGUGUCCAGUUUCCUGCCCUGCAAGGGGUUAUGUCCCAUAAGGGGUUAUUUUUCAGUUCUGUGCAUAGGUAUAUCCUUGUAGCCUGGACACAAAUAUUUGCUAUAGACGUAAACCUUGAGUGCAAUCUGUAAACGUGUACCAAGCAUCUUGGACAUCUGCUGAACAUUAUGGUAGGUAUUAUAGGUUUCCCUCCCAAAUUUGUUUUGCAACAAACAUGAUUCCAUUUGUCAAACAGCUACUUAUUCAAAUCAGUUAUGUUGGAUUAGGGUUGGAAUGAAAAAAAUGAAAACCUACCGGACUGUAGCUUCCCAGGUACUGGGCAGCCCUGGUCUACUAAAUUGAGAGAAAUUGCAGUGCCACUUGAUACCUCCAGAGAGAAACAUUUCCCCACAAAAGGAUGCAUCUAUUCAAAAACAACAGUUGAAACAAGAAAAAGACCACUGGGAUUCCUUUUAUGGGGAGUAAACAUGUACAUUGUCAAAGAAAAAAAAUUAUAUAAGAAACAAUGCUAUAGUAUAAAAUUGCAGGAAAAUACACAGAGACGCAUAAGCUAUCAAAUGUCUUAAACAUUUGUCAACACGGUAGAAUCCGAUAUAACUUUUAGAGCAGCUACCCGUGAAACACUAUGCUCAGGUAAUCUUCAACUGUAUCUACAUCUGAAGGGCUUAUUAGAAGUACACUAGUACUUUCAAGGUGCAUUACACAGAGUCUGCAUUAGUCUCCAACCACUGUGAAUCAUGUUGUGUAUUUUCCAAACACGGAUAGUUGCAGUGAUUGUAUGCCUUUGCAACCAUGGUUUGAACAGCACAUGCAUAUACUGCUUAGUUACCUUAAAAUGACUGUGAAAUGCAAAAUAAAUUACAAUAGUAAAUGGGUGGCUUUUUAUGGUCCCCAUAUCAGUUUUUCAAACCUUGUUUGCAACAAUAUUGUGUUUUCUCAAUGUCUAGAUGUGUAUAUACAGUACCAGUCAAAAGUUUGGACACAUGGUUGGCUACUGUAUAUGUACAAAAUGUGAACAUUUCUGAGACUCACUGCAGUGGACAUACUUGUAGAUAUGUUAAUGAUGAUGUGGAUAUAUGUAUUAUUGCUGUGUAUGUAUGAGUGUUUUCUCAGAUGUUAUUUGCUGCUUGAGUAGCAAAAAUAUGUUAAUGUGCAUCACAGCUAUAUUUCUAACAGGGUUAAGCAAGAACAUCACACAAUAGCAUGGUCAUCUUAGGAGAGCGAUCAUGUUGCUGGUAUUGUGAUCAGUGCCAUACAAGGACAGUAGAGGUCACCUAGAACUUCUGUAGUACUGACCCUUACUGUGAAAUCCCUUUAAAACUACAGCAGUCAACCUUCUAUUUGAACUGUUACUAGACUUUAGCUUCUACAUGAUGCAUUGUGCAACUCAGGAAACUUGAGCGUGUUGAGACAGAAACUGUUUAUGAAUGAGGCAUGUCAAAAUGGACCUGUUAACACACGCAUUAUGCUUGGUCGCCUACUAACAGUAAUAGAGGAACACAGUUGGCUGGAGGCUUGAAGGUAAAGGCUUGACACUUGUUACUUUCAAAAUAGUGAUUAGCUCUCGGUAAAACGUAACAAUUCCUGUGUGCAUCUCAAACAGUUUCACUGAUAGAUAGCAUAAGAAUACAUCUAUUUGUUUUCUGUAUUGAUUAUAUAUCUUUAUCAUAAAUUACACAAAUUACAAUAAAGAAUCACUGUCAUCUUU